AUGCCGAAGCCCAACAAGGCCCAGCUGGUUGCCGAGUUGACUCAGAUGGGCGAGUCACCUCCGAGCAGUUGGACCAUGCUCGAGCUCUCCACUCGCUUGGAGGAACUGAAGGAAGAGAAGGGUGUCCCAAAGAAAGUGCGUGGCAAGGCGGCCACACCCUUGCGGGUAUGGAUGAUUCGUCUCAACGAAGCCUCCAAAAAGAAGGCGACCCUUCAGGCCUUUGUGCGAGACAAUCUCCAUCUCAACCUGACCAUGAACGAGAACAUGGCCGCGCUGCAGCGAAUGGCUGUUCAGAAGAUCUACAUGGAGACAGAUCCCAGCGAGGAGGAUCCUGUUGGAUUCGGUCUCCACUCCUCCCUGAGUUAUCGGGAGAUCCUCCAGCAGUUUCCGGACUACAUCACAUGGGUCUUGAGGACUUGGAAGGAGGGCGAAUGCGACUAUCGCCUGGCUCGCUUGGCAAUGUGGGCCGAGAACGAGCAGAGUGCGGCCUCCUCCAACCAGGGGUAUCAGCCUCCCACUCAGAGCAACCUGGGCCUGAAGAUUCCGCAGAAGCCAGAGCUGACCGCCGACGAGGGAUCGGUCACCAGCUCCCAGAUCCAGCAGACCAACAUCAUGCUGGCGAAGCUGGCCGAAGCUGUGGUGGAGCUCAAGGCCGACAUGGACUCCUUGAAGGAGGAACGUCCGCGCAAGAAGGACAAGGGCGAGGAGGACAUGGAACAGAAGUCACUAGUGGCGACCAAAGGACCUGUUUUGAUUGAAGUGGCAUGUGCACCAGAUAGCAUUCUUAGCCACGUCAUGCAACAAACGGUGGGUUCAGAGGGAGCUGCUUUGCGUUGUGCACAUUGGAAUCAAUGUGAUGUAGGAACGAAUGCUGGGGUUCGCAGGGGUACUCCCCAUGUCAAGUGCGAAGGGAAGUUGACCCGUAGGACGGCCUUUUACACCCAUGAGUUUGCGAAACGGGUUUGUGAUGCUCUGAUUCAAGGAAAUACCCGGGAUGAAAUCCAUAAAGAACUUCAUGGUCAUGUUUUGGGUUUCGAGGGUUUUGGGGAAGGAACGGUUUGUGGUUGUGAAGAGGGACAACAGCAUGGUGCGGAUUUGAAGUGUUUGCAUUGUUUGAAGGAAACCGAUGUGAUGUUUCAAUUGGAGAAACCUAUUUCCCCUGAAAAUGAAGAGGCGUUUGUUGGUUCUGACUCCAAUAGAUUGGAAUCCAUCAGAAAAAGGUUGUAUCUUCUCCACACUGCUACGGGUCAUGGACAUGUACGCCAUUUGAUCCAAGCUCUGAAACGAAGAGGAGCACCCAGAGAGGUUAUCCAGGAAGCCGAACGCUUCAAAUGCUCUGUGUGUGCUGAGAGAAGUAGUGCUCAACCUCGUAAUUAUUUUGGUCACCCACAUACCUUGCGGGUUGACCCAGAUGGCUCCUUUCGUAGCCAUGAGCUGAGUGAGUUUUGCGACAGAAACCAUAUCUUUCUGGAUUUGGUGGCCAGCGAGGCCCAUUGGAAGAUUGGUAUUUGUGAACAAGCGAUCAAGGGCGCGAAGUCCGUCAUGACCAAGCUGGUUAUGGAUGAUCCCGAUCUGUCUCCUCAAGAAGCCCUUGCCGAGGCGACUCGAACCUUUAACAAUCGAGAACUGGUUCGGGGAUACUCCCCAAUACAGCAUGCUUUGGGUCGUGCACCGGAUGAAUUAGGCCGGUUUUUCGGCAGUACAGUAGGGGCGAGCCCGGAUUUUCUGGUGGAGAACCCUACAGGGGAACUACAACGAAAUUUAGCAAGAAUGAAAAUAGCCGAGGAGGCCUUUUUGGACUGGACAAACAACCAACGACUUCAGAAGGCAAUGCUCUCCAAGUCGAGGAGGCGACUGAAUUUCCUCCCAGGUGAUUUGGUGUUUAUCUGGCGACAUCAACUGCCUCUCAAAACAAGUGGUAGAAACACAGCAGGCAGGUUUAUUGGACCAGCCCGAAUUCUGGCUGUAGAAAAACGCAGAGACCAGAAUGGUGAUCUCAUUGCCGGCUCAGCCGUGUGGGUAGUGCGAGGACGUAGGCUUAUGAAAUGCUGUCCUGAACAGUUGCGCCAUGCAUCUCAACGUGAACAAUUGUUGGAAGAACUGCAUUCCGAAUCACCAACGCCUUGGGAUUUUACCAAGGUGGCUCGAGAACUGGGUGGAAACGACUAUGAUGAUGUUUCAGCGGAAAUUCCACCUGAUGAAGAAUGGCAUCGAGCAGCUGACCCAAGUUUGGAAUGGCAACCACAGAUUCGCUGCAGAGGAAAGCGUGCAGCACCAAUGUCCACUGACGCAGACAUGGGCAUACUGGAAGGGUCACACCGGAGCUUUCCCAGUGAUUUUCGGGAAGCAGGCUCUUCCAAUGCUCGUCCCAGUCAACGGCCAAGACAAGAGCCGGAAGAUGGGUUCCUGGUUGCACCGCCCUGGUGGGAGUCAGUUACCACAGCCAAAGAUAGUCAAGGUGCUAGUUUUUGGGAAUCUUCAUUUGCAGCAGUGGAAGUGGGAGUGGACAUGCCAUCCACGAGAAAUCAAUCUGAGAAGGCACUCAACGAUAUGUCAGCUUUUCUGGCAGGAGCUUUGAAGAAACGAGCGGUGGAGGUGAGCGAGAAGCAUCUCACCAAGGAAGAGUUGGCCGAGUUUCAGAGUGCAAAAGCAGUAGAAGUCACAAACUUUCUGGCAGCAAAGGCUUUUGAGGCCUUACCUCCGGAUUUGAAGCCGGACAUGAGUCAGGUGGUAAAGAUGCGAUGGGUGUUGACAUGGAAACAUCAUACAGACCAAGAAUGGCAAGACAUACUGCAAGCCAUCAGAACCGAGUUCAAAUGGAGCGACUGGGAAACCAAAGCGUUUACCCAAUGUGGAGUGUACAUAGAGCAGGAUGCUGACUUUAGCGUGUCUCUAUCGCAGGAGAAAUAUGUGGAUGAGCUUAAAUAUAUCAAUAUUAGAGCCCACCGUAGGAAGGAGAAACAUGCUGAAACUGAUGACUAUGAAAAGUCUCAACUCCGAUCCUUACUGGGUGGAAUCUCAUGGCAUGCUCAGCAGGUGGCCCCACAUUUUUCGGCUGAAGUUGGAUUAUUGCUUUCUGAAAUCAAUCGCAGUACGGUUGAGACUUUAAAUAAGGCCAAUCAACUGUUGCACCAGGUCAAGAACAUGAGGUCCCACAGGUUGAAGGUGCAUAGUCUGCCUCUUGAUAAUUUGGGCCUUUUUGCAUGGUGCGAUGCAGCGAAACAGAAUCGAUGUGAUGGUAGUAGCACUGCUGGAAUUGUCAUCGGCGCCAGCUCCCUCAAUUUGCUGCAAGGGAGCGUUGAAUCUGUGUCUUUGCUGGCUUGGCACUCAUCAAAGAUCACUAGGAUUUGCAGGAGUCCUGGAAGUUCUGAGGCCAUAGCGGCAGUUAAUGCCGAAGAUUUGUUGUAUUUUGUGCGUUUCCAAUUUCAAGAAAUGUUGGGUUCCAAAGUGAACGUUAGAAACAUCAACGAGGUGGUCAACCAGGUAGCAGGUUGUGUAAUUACGGAUUCACGAAACGUAUAUGAUAAACUUUCAACUGAAGUUUUGUGCAUGCGUGGAGCUGAGAAACGAACGGACUUGGAACUCUUGAGUCUUAAGGAAGCACAGGUAUCCAACCACGUGAUCAUUCGGUGGGUACAUUCAGAAGCUCAGCUUGCGAACUCUUUGACGAAAUCUAAGGAAAUGCGGCAGCUGAACUUGUUCUAUGACAUGAAGCACUCAUGGUGCAUUGUGGAGGAUGAACAGAUGAGCUCAGCCCGGAAGCGCAAGCAGCAGGGCAUCGGCACUUUCACAAAUCGAACUUCCAACAGAACCCCUGAACCUGAAACGAACCAGUCUCACUCUGAGCGGAACUGA